AUGACACCAACAACCCCACCCCGUUGCUACACCCUCGAGGAGCUGCUGAGCUUCAGAAGAUCUCUUCCUGUCGUGUGCUGCCUUGUUAAGAAUAUCAACAAACACCCUGAUACUGCCGGCAUCUUCAAAAUUCCCGACGAAGCAAUCCGUAGACCUGAGCAAAUCACCUACAAAUCAACCCACCUCGCGGACAUCACAAACAAACUUGCGUCUCAAUCGCUCGGCAGAAAGAAUAUCUCCGACUCAUCGCAGCAGAGCGAAGCUCAUCCGCAUUCUGACUCCCGAGCACCUCACGAUACAAAUUGGGGUCUUCGUCGACGCGACUGCUCAAAUCGAUCUUCACACUCAACCUCCCACGCAAGCUCCCAAACCAACCCGCAACCACAGACUGCGCCAACUGGCUUGUCUGUACACAGAUCGGAGAAUUUCCAACGAUUCUAUCGAGCCGUUGUGUCACCAACCCACGUUCGAGUCACAGCUGGGGGUCGCAUCGUGCCAAACACGCGUUCUCCUGUACGACCUCGUCUUGAGUGGAACAGUGACCAACCUGCCCCCGAGCCCGAUCUCACCAACAUUCAACCCAUCACUUGGGAGUCACGCUUGCCUUCGACAUACCCACCAAUUGCGCAAGGGAGCUUUCGGCCCCAAGAUAUAGCCGAUAUGGCCUCUCAAACCGUAAAGGCGCCCCCAUCCUUGGCCCGAGCCUCCUCCCAAGAGCCCAUCAAGAUCUCACCGCCCAACCAGUUCGACCAAACCAAGCCAUUCUCGUACAAUGGGCAGCUUGUCUACCCUGUCCCGCACGGAUUUCAACCUCCUCCAUCUGCGUUUCCGGUUCCCAUUUCCAUGCUCGGAAACCCGAACUUCUACCCACCACCUGGCUUUCUCCCUGCUCAAGGCCCCUUUCAGUUCCCAGGCGCACUUAAUCCCAUGAUGUUUGCCACUGGCCAGCAUCACCCAAUGAUGGCUAUGCCUGGCAUGGCCCCUUCUCCCGAGAACCCACCAUACUCAUUUAUGCCACUGCCUGGUGUCAUCGCUCCCGCAGAGUUCAUGCAGUCUCAGAUUCAAGUUAUGCGUGGUUAUCUCAAGCAGGUUGAAGGCCAAUUGGCAGACAAUAAGCAUCAGAUUGACAUAGUUAUGAUGGAGAAUCAACGCAGCGCUCUUCUUGCCCAAAUCGGUAAUAUGGAAGCACUCCUUCGGGUUCACCUUGGUCAAGAAGGCACAGCGGUCAACCUUGCUCCACGCACUGGCCCCACAAGCGGACCCUCAGAGGAACAAAAACUGAAUCGCUCAGUCUCUCAUGGUUCGCUCCUGCAUCCAGACACUGCGACUAAGAUCGUGGGCCACGGUGAGGCUAAUAACUCGGCGCGCUUCGAGCAAUCGUCGUCCAAGUCGAAGUUGUCUAUGGCUGCUGCGAUGGCCCCACCAUUCCAGCCACGUCCAAAAUCCCAGUUUGAUCAGCAACUGCACAGCGUAGAGCUCAAGCCAACAUCUCUGUCUACCUCUGCUCUUCAACCCUCAAAGCCAAGAGAGACCCAAGAAGAGACCGAAGCUCGACCCAUGGCCAAGGCUACCACAAACUGGAACGCAACUCACCAAUACACUCUUCCUCGGUCGUAUCACUUGUAUGGGAACAUUCAUAAGCAAGGUCCGAACUCGCAAGUCCCAUACCUAAUUGGUGUUCUCCCUCCUGGCAUGAAUGCUCACGCAGCCGGCCCCCAAGACUUGAUCUACGGUCGGCCAUUGACAGAGAAGGAGCUUCGUGCUCGACACCUGUACUGGGGUAAGGCACCUCGCUCUGCCCAGAGUGGACUGCCCAAGUUUGAUGGAAGAGACUUCUAUCCCCCAUCUCCUGUCAAGACCAAUGCCGCUCUAGCUGCCAAAGAAACCGGGCCACCACCUUUUUUCAAGUCGAUAGUCCGGCCCGCUGUUCCCAAGGAGACUGAAGACCUUCAUUUCGAGAAUCUGUUUCUUGAGAAGGGAGCUGCUGGUUAUCGAAGCCCAUCGCCAGCUCGCUCGGCAGAUCAUGAUCUCGGCGUCUCAAACCCGGAGCCAGUCACCCAGCCAGUCUUCGCCAGAACCACGAUGCCAGAUGAAAUUGACUUCACUACGCUGUUCACUGAGCGCGGAGUCCCUGGCUACAAAUCGCCACCACCCAAGAUCAAGCAGAUGGAGCUCACCUACAGCGAGCCUGCUGGCGAGAUGCCUGUCACACCUGAGAAUCCCACCUUCUUUUCUGAGUCCGACGACGGUGGUGAUACUAGCACAGUUGAUUCCUGGAUGCCACCUAAAGAUGAUGCGAUCAAGGGCACUAGCGAUGCUAGCAUCAGAUCCCAAAGUGAUGACGCUCAAGAGUCAGAGUCGACUGUUGACAUCCGCCUGUCUCCACGUGCCAAUGGUUCACCACCCAAGGCUUCCCAGUCCUAUGACCGUGAGGACAUCAAGAGCGCCGAUCAACCGACUCACUUCUUGCAGAGCAUGUUGAGAAAGGUUACCCAGGCACCCAUUAUUGGCACCCCGGUUUCUGGAACAGUUUCAUCCGCGACUGCUCAAGGAUAUCUUCCACAAUACCGUGGCGCUGCAGCUGCGUCACUGGCUCCAGCUGAAGGUAGCAAGGUUUCUAGCAUCGCUUCGUCCAUGGCUUCCAAUUACGAGAAUCGUCCACUCGGCCAACGAAACAGCCGUGGUGCCGAUACUAUGACCGCCGAGAACUACUUGAGAUAUGUCACCCAGAAGGGCAUCAGUCAGGAAGACCUCAAGGUUCUCAAUCCCUCGACCACUGGCAUGGGACCGGUGCGACCCGGCGAGGAAUGGUAA